AUGGCUGGCGUCGUACAUACGUGCCCGGGCUACACGCGGGACGAGCUCGAACAGGAUGCGAGACGUAUCCUCGAGUACGUACAGCCGGCACUGCAUCCAGAUGCGCAACGUAUGGCUGGUACCGACGCCGAUAUGCGCCUGCUGCCCGUGCUGCUGCAGCACGAUCGACUCACAGCCGAGCAUCUAGACACACUGCUCCAGACGGCACAUAUGGACAAGGAUGCCGCUAUGUCACGUCUCCAGGACGCUGAAUCUCAAUUGCGCGAAUGCGUGAACGACGUGCUGAGACUGCACGGUGCACCCACAUCAGAAGAUGAUGACGACGAUGACCUUCUUACGUCGUCGAUCGAACCACUCAUGGCCCUCUUGGAAGACAAACACCCCAAACACACUCAAGAUAUACCAAAAACUGAUGAAAGUGGUGCAUCUGAGCAGCUCGCGAGUCUGUAUGCCGCCCGCGCAUGCACCCAACUCUUGGCCGAUGCUGAGGAAACCCAGCGCUUGGCGUCGUCGUCACCCAUCAAUGCGCUCGUACAACUCUCUGCCCUUGUGGAAGAUGCACCCCAGCGUGGACCAAGAGACUGUCCCAUGCUAAUGCGCACCAUGUCCUGCCUCACACAGAGCCGUGAUGCCUUAUGCGAGCAAAUUAAGCUGGAACGUACCGAGGCACUUCGCACAGCUUUCAAACAGGCUGCCUGGCCGCCCCCGGCGUACCAGAGCCCAGAAACAAUGACGCGCGAUACACCUGCCUAUCAUUUAUUGGGCCAUCCAGCCGUCGAGCUGGCUUGGGCGGACGUGUGCGAGUGGCAAUUCACCGCGGCCACCAUCGGUCUUAUUCCAUCACCCUCUUGUAUCACCGCACCAGCUACCGUGACAGGCACAUCUGACUGCUUAAAUGCAUCAUGCCGCGAUGCAGCACCUGGAUCCGAUACCUAUGUCCCCCUCCUGGCCGUCCAAGUCAUGAUGGAGCAGAUUCUACUCCGCUUUCGAUACCACUUUGACGGUGCUCGAUCUACGAACCGCCUGGACAAACCGGAAUGGUUUCUCGCGCAUAUCUUGGGCCUCAUUCAGGUCCUUGGCAACUUAUUUGAGGCAUCCCCCGAUCCAUGGACGCCGGGUGGUGAUGUUGCUGAACUUACUCGUCGACGUCGCGAUACAUCGCUAGCCGAGGCACCACUUCGACAGCGAUACGUCGCUGUGAAUGCCCCAUCUGAACUCUUGCAUGCCCUUCUGUACCCUGCUCGCCGAAAAAUUCAGGCAUCCAUGCACCGCCUUGUCUGUGAGCGUGCCUUGCUUGCUCACAAUAUUUACCAAUUUAUCACGUUCGAUGCUGAUCUGCGUGAUACGUAUGCACCCGCGCGUGUGUCUGCCAUUUCCUUGGCUGACGAAAUUUUAGCACACGAGACGUGGUUUCAAUCGUGGCUGGACGGCGAACGUGCUUUUACCGAGCAGCGCUUUGUUUCGCUCAUGGAAAAGCCAGGUGCCUGGAAUCUUGUGCAAGCUGACACUAUGGACGACGAAGGCGUCGCAUCUACCACUUUGUCUGACGAAGAGAUUGAUGUUGAUACAGCCACGACGACACGAUGCGCCUGCUCUUUGGUACACAUGUUGACAGGUGUUACUGAGCAAUACAAGCCUCUUCAUUCUCUACCUCAACGUUGUGCUUUUAUUAUCAAGGUUCAACGGCCUUUGUUAGAUAUGAUGCACCACCGACUAGUUCGGCAUCUCGAUGCAUUCGAGAAUAUGAGCACGGCUUUUUCCCGUGCAUUACCUGGUGACAUUGCCUCUUUCUCAUCUGGUCCGGGCAAUGAGCUUGUUCGUGGCGAGCAUGGUGUGACCCGUGUUGCCAAAGCACUUCUCUCUGCCGAUUAUAUCAAGAAACAGCUCCAGGAAUGGUCAGAAUCCACUUUUUUCCUUGGCAUGGCGCAAGAUAUCGCAGAGCUUGAUACGUCGUCACCACUAUAUCGCCUCAUGGCCCUCAAGUCAUCCAAGGACGACUUGGAUUCAGCCAGUCUUAUGUCCGUGCUACAGCGUGGAAUACAGCGCGGAGCUUCUGCUGCUGCGCAACUUCGUCCUUUGUCCUCAGCUGCCAAAGAAGAACCUGCGCCCCAACCUAACCAGACUGAGGAGACAGAUAUGCUCGGUAUCUGGGACUAUUACAUCACCAAGUUUGAAAUUAUUGCUACUCGAUCUGCUCAUGCUUUGGAACGCUUGACGGUGGCUGAAGUUCUGGACCUUCUUAAGCCAUACAUCCUGCGCCGCUGGGACCAUGAUGAGCCUGUGGACGAUCAAGAAACCGCAUCUCAGGACCAGGCCGAUCAGCACCAAGAUAUACCUACACGCGAACUUAUACCUGCUUUAUCGAAACUUACCACCAUGCUACAACACAUGGUACAAGUCCUUCCACCAAAUCUACUUCUACCUGUAUACCGUCACAUCGCUGCAUCGCUGAGUCAUGCGAUUGUAGAGCGGGUCCUCAUGCCUAAUGCGCGCUUUUCGCAGCAGUUCACAGCAUCGCAGGCUCAGCGAUUCUGCCUUGAUGUCAAACAGGGCUGGCUUCAUGUGGCACAGGAAAUUGCUAUUCAUCCCAAAGUGUCGGCUAGACAAGCAAAAGGCAUGCCAACCGGCUUGGGCCGAGACCCCGCUACGGCAUGGCGUGUCUUGAUGGACGCCAGUAAGCAGCUAGAACUGUCAUAA